ACGGUUCUGUAUGAAUUGAUUUGAGUGAAUGUAUAUUAAUAAUCAUUAAUUAUUUAAAAAUUAAAAAAAAAAAACAAUCAAAAAAUAAUUAAUAAAAUUUACCGAACUUAAAUUUUUAUUAAAAUAUUACGUGAUAAGAAACGAAUUUAUACUUAUAAUAGUUAACGAAAUUUAAAAGGAAAAGAAAUUGAAAAAAAUAGUUAUUUUUUACCUUUUAAAAAUUUAUUUUUUAUUUGGCGUUUUAAAACAAUCAAAGAGGUUGAUAACUAAAAUAACACAACAUUAAAAAUAAUUUUUUGGAUUUAAAUAUACAUGUACAUAUGUAUAUAGAAAUUAAAUAAAAGCUUUGAAAAAAUUUCGUAUACGUUUAGCAAAAAAAUCUAAUUUAGUCCAAAAAUAGAAGUUCCUUGAGCAUUUUGUAGUUAAGUAUCUUAAAAAAAUGUCAGUAGUCCAAAGGAAAUCAACAAAACAUCAAGAAAAAACAUCAUCAACAUUAUCAGGAACGAAACAAAAAGGUGUUCAAGUAAAAAUGAGUACAGCUAAAACAGUAAGCGAAACAAUUGAUGAUACAUCUGCAACAACGUCGGGGUCUUCAAAUAAUAUCUAUGAUAAAAUUUACAGUUUGGUUGGUAAAGGUGCAUCUACAAUUGUUGGUCAAUUUACAAUUGAAAAAGUAGAUAAUUUACUUACUAUUGUGGAAAAAACAGCAAAGUGGAGUCUUCCUGAAGGUUCAAACAGUUCAGAAAAUGUAAAAGAUAACAAACCAUCGAAACUUGAAAGACCCUGCGGAUGGGUAUCAUUUUUAUUUUUGAUUGUUACAUUAAGAUGCGCUCGUGUGGGCUUAUCGUUUGGUUCAAUUAUGAUCGGUAAUGAACCAGUUACGCCCCAAACAAUGGUUAACUUUUUACAAACGCGGCGAAGAAAACUACGUGCUAUAAAAUAUCAAGGUUUAAAAUCAUUACGCAAUAAACAAAGAGCAAAUGAAGAACGGCCAAAACGUACAGGAAUUAUGGAGCAAUUAACUUCUAUUUUUAAUUUAGCAAUUUGUCAACCAGGUACAUUUAUUAAUUGUAAUAACCAAAACCUAUCAUCAGUUGCAUCAGCUGCUACUUCUACAACAGCUACCAACAGCGCAAGAAUUGUAAAAAACGAAAAAAACACCAAUAAUACUGGCGAAGACAAUGUUAAAAAUGUGAUCGCAUCCAAUAACGUACAAAAAGUUGAAGCACAAAAAUAUUCAGAAGAAGACGAUGAUAGAGUAAACGAAUGUGAUAGUGAUGAAGAUCUUCACUGCACCCAACUUCUCGAUAAGUAUGGCGAUAAAAGCAGUGAUUUUGAUGAUCCAGAUUAUACUCCAAGUGCUGAAGAUGGAGAAGCAGAAUCCUCAGAAAUAGAUGAAGACAGUGAUGAUGUUGAUAUUGAUAAAGGAGUUUCUGAUGAUGAUACGAUUAAUUAUGAAUUUUUGUCCCAAGAGAAACUAAAAAAUCUUUCGGGAACACAUUCAACUGAAACAAAAGACGAAACCUCAACAAUUGAAAAUACAAUGCAUAAAGAGAAUGGACCGUUAACUUUGAGCUACGGAGCUGACGAUAAUGGGGGUAAUGAAAAAAUAAAUGUACCAUCAGGAAAUGAAACUAAUGAAUCGGAAAAACAAAUGAAUUCAUCGUCAUCAUCACCAUCCAUACUGCCACUUAGAACGUCUCCAACGCUAUCAGAUUCAAGUCCUACAAAAUCAACUGCAAUUAAUCCAGUUCGCGUUUCAGCAAAAAUUGCUCAAAAUUGCAAUAAUAAAGGAGAUGAUGAAAUAUAUGAAAAUUUUUAUGACCCUGUAGAUGUUUAUGAUUAUGAUAUUCAGAGAGGUCUUCGGGUUAGAUGCCAAGAUUUAGCAAGAUUAUCAUACGGUGAAGAGUGUUUUUUCAGUCCAGUAGGAUCACCUUUGGUGCAUGAUGGACCAUUGAAUAAUUACAUGCAAUCAUCACAAUUACCAGAAGUUGUAAUAAAUAGUGCGCCUCCAACUUCUAUAACUGAAAAUGUUGUACCAGAUCGGGCAAUAAUAAACACUAAUGAAAUGUUAACAAAUGAAAGAAUGAAAGUUAACACUGAGUCCAUUAAAGGGAAUGUAAACAAUUUAAAAUCACAAAAUAAUCAUGUGCCAACAAAUCAACAAAAUAAAAAAAAUCAUUACAAUAAUUACAAGCAUAAUAGGGGAAGGAAAUUAUAUUAGAAUUUUGUUUUUAUAUUUAUAUACAUACUGAUUAUAUAUAUAUUAUAUUUACAUGCAUGUGAAAAUGAAAAUAUGUAUAUAUAUUUAUAUAUGUAUAUAAAAAUAUAUUUUUAUACAGACAAUAAUAUUAUUAACUUUGUUACAAAUUAUUUAAUUAAAAUAUAGUUAUAUUAAAAAUAAUUCUUAAUUUACCUACUGUAAUUCUAUUUAACCUAACGCUAA